GUGGAGACAGGAGUUGUCCAUCAUUGCGCAGGCAACUCCAGAUCUUUCAUUGGCUUUGACCAGCAGCCUGGCUGGAGCCUACUUCUUACCGACGCUCGAAUUCACGCCUCCUGGAGGCCAAAUCCGCCGAGAUCAAAAUGGUUGCUCGAUUCCCGGGCGCAUGGCGAUGUAUAUCACCAAGCUCUUCCCGACCUCCCUUGAUCUUGAGAAACUCUCUACAGACGUGCAGGCUGAUAUCCUGAUACUUCUCGGGAUCACGGCGGAGCUAGCGGCUGACCAAGUUACUAUGUCCAGCACGCACUCUGUGUGGGCGUCAACAUCCGCUGAGUCAAUACAAGAAGAGGUCAACGAAAUGGUCUCUUCUGUGCGAAGGACUUUGGCUGCCGUUUCUGAGAAGAGUAACGGGUGGCAGGAGGAUUCUGGGUCGAUACAAGCGCAAGUGAUGUCUCGCCUUGUUAGCAAGCUUAUCGAACGCACACACACGCUUGACACAUUGGCUCUCUACUCGGCGAAACUGCUCAACGAGAUUUUUGCUUUCUUGACUGAAGCACAGGGUGUCCGGAACGACGCAGAACAAUGGCUGACGGCUUCCGACCUCUUGAAGGCCUCCCCAUCGAGUGCUCUCGGUAGCGCUGCGGUGCUCUCUGGAAUGGGUCAGGCUCUCGCUAGUUCGAAGGUCGUCAACACUUUCUGCAACCGUCUCGUUUCAGAGCUUGCUGGUGCCAAAGUUGGUCAAGAGAAAACGAUGAUCACAAUUGUUCUGUUCAACAUCUGCGCGGAGGUAUACCCGACGGGUGAUCUCCCUGUGGCUAAUAACAGACUUGUGUUCGCGGUGAGGCAGAUCACGACUUGGCUAGAAAAUCCAGAAGACCUGGAUGUCCAGCUCUCGUCAGAGAUAUGCUGGAGUUUGCGGCACCUGUUGCCUUGCAUCAAGGAUGUCUACGGCUCCUAUUGGGGAAAGGCCAUUGAGUUCUGCUUGGACCUGUGGGCCAAAGAUCCCUCACAGCCGCUGAAUGGACGCCUCCCUGCCGUUCACGCUUCCUUGCGCCUGAUGUCGACACUGGAGACUCUUGACGAGCCAAAUGAUGAUCUGGUUGACGUUCUGGAGACGACCUCGGAGCGCCGUUCCGCCGCGACAGUAGCCCUCCUGCACGCUCCUCGGGACGAACACACACAGCCGUUGGACAUUGUUGACGGGAUGAUCUCUCGUCGUGCGAACAAGAUCCCUCUUGCUCACUUGAAGGACAUUUCCGAUUUUUACAGCCUGCUUGCGAGCGAGUCGCGGACGCUGCAAACGACAGCCUUCUCAAUCUUACACCGAGCUUUACCCACUUCGCUCGAGAAUCUGGCCGUAGACCUACUCCUAGAAAAGAAAGCAGCACGCCUACCUGAUGAGUUGCUUUCUCUCUUGCUGGAGGCACCUACACUCGAUGCCUACACAGACGAGAUGCUUGCGCGAUUCCCCACAAGUAUCCGGUCGUACUUGUUGGCAUGGCACGUCAUCUUCGACAUCUUCGAAGCUGUGCCACACAAGAUGCGCGAAGACUAUGCCGACCAUUUAAAGCAGGCCAAUUAUGUCGGACCCUUGAUGGGCUUCACCUUUGAUGUCCUUGGGCAUUCUGCAGCGCAUGCACUGAAUCUGGAUAAGGCCGGCUUUACUCCGGAGCAUAUCCGCAGCUAUGAUGUUCAAGUUGCUGAAUCCGAAGACGAGGAGAGGAACAUGCAGUGGCUGCUUAUCCAUCUGUUCUUCUGCACCCUCAAAUACCUGCCUGGACUCUUCAAGACGUGGUUCAAGGAUUGCAAAUCGAAGCAAACCACCAUCGCAGUGGAGGCUUGGCUGGUCAAGUACUUCUCGCCUCUGGUUAUUGCUGAUGCUCUCGACGCUGUUGAGAAAUGGGCCGCUGACCAGGAAGCACCGUCUAAUGACGAGCACGAGCUGACAGUCAAGGUCAGCCGGACCACCAGGGACCUCUAUGUAGGCUACCCGGUUGACGAGGUGGAAGCGUCCAUGACCAUCCGGCUUCCGAGCAACUUCCCCCUCGACAACGUGACAGCAAGCACGAUCCACCGGGCCGCGGCGUCCGAGAGGAAGUGGAACUCUUGGCUGCUGACCACCCAAGGCAUCAUUGCCUUCUCCAACGGCAGCGUCAUCGACGGCAUCACCGCGUUCCGGCGCAACAUUGUGUCCGCCAUGGCCGGGUACACGGAAUGUGCCAUCUGCUACAGCUUCAUCGGCAGCGACCAGGGCGUGCCCGACAGGAAGUGCCGCACGUGCAAGAACCCGUUUCACCGUACCUGCCUGUUCAAGUGGUUUGCCACAUCCAAUAACAACACGUGCCCGCUGUGCCGGACCGCGUUUGAGAGCAUCGACAUGGACAGGACUAAGCGUGGUGGCUCUUGGCGGUAGGGUAGUGUUGAGGCCGCGGAUUUGAUCAUGCGAUUGGGGG